AUACGAUUCGUUUAUAUCCCUCUAUUAAGUAGUUUUUAUCUUUUCUCAAUUCCGAACCCCAAAUAUUGUUAGCGGCCCAUAUCCAUCGUUAUUCAUAUUCGUAGAAAGCCAGCCCGGCCCGGUCCGUCUCUACCAGAUCUUCUCCCCGCGCGGAUUACUUUCCGGUCGUCGUCUCCGGCUUCGAUGACUUCUUCUCUCGCAUUCCGAAACGAGUGGAACUCAGGCUUGGAGUUCUUUAAUUGGGUCAAAUCUCAGCAGGGGUUCCAAAGCAGUAUUUCCUUCUCCCAUUUGGUUGGUGCAUCUUUGUGUGAGUAUAAACAUGUGAUUGAAGCUCGAGAAAUGUGUUUUGGGAAUGGGGAAGACAAUAAGGGCUUCCUGUAACAUGAUCCUUCGUGGGUUCUUUAAAAUGAAUUAGUGGGGGAAAUGAAAGGAGUUUUGGUAAGAAAUGGGUAAAUGGGGAGUGGGAAAAGAUCAUUUUUCCUAUUGCAUUUACAUGGAUGUGCAAUGCAAGGGAGGGAAGCCAUGGAAAGCUGUGAGGCUCUUCAAGGAAAAAAAUAAGAAAGGGAUUGAAUUGGAUUUGGUGGCAUAUAACACAGCCGUUUUUAAUCUCAAACGGAGUUGAUGUGCAGAUGUCUUGAAAAGCCAAUGCAAGAGAGAUACCGGAGAUGCUUGAGAGGAUGGCUGAAAAAGGAGUUAAACCCAGGUCUGUCGGGCAAGUCCACUCUCUCAUUGGUGAAGGGGUUGACUGUUGAGUGUUACUUCAAAGUCUCACAUCGGUGGGAUAAGAAAAUUGAGGAG